GUAUAACUGAGCUUGCUACGAAGACACUAUCGAGGAUAACUUGGAAAAAACAAUCAAUUCACAUGCAGCAACUCAGGCACGCACUCGCAGUAGAAGUUGGCGAGGCUAGGCCUGAAGAAGAAAACAUGCCAGAAAUGGAACUCGUUCAUUCAGCAUGCGCUGGAUUGGUGGUGGUUAUUCGCGGUGUUGUCCACUUUGUCACUCAUUCAGCGUAUGACUUUUUUAAACGAACGCAUGAAUAUUGGUUUCCGGAUGCACAAUCCAACAUCGCAAACAUUGCGUCACGUACCUCUCAUUUAGUGCCUUUGAGACCGGGCCAUGUCAGACGACGGGCGACUGUGCAGAACGGAUACGACUCUAUCCACUUUAUCGUUAUGCUGCAGGGUUUUGGGGAGACCAUGCCGUUGCCUCCCCUAUCCUAAGUCAGCCCGUUAUGGAUGUACACCGUUGCAUAGAGCCGCCCAGAGUGGAGAUACAGCUUCUGUCAGGAUAUUACUCGAUCAUGGGGCUGAUCUGGAGUCGAAGACGCAUGGCAAUCAAACGCUGCUAUCAUCAUUUGCUACCACACAUGGGUGCGAGCCUGUGGUAAGGGAAUUGCUCGACCGUGGAGCUGACUUGGAGUCGAAGAGUGGCUCUGGCCAGACUCCCUUAUCACAUGCUGCUAAGAAUGGACACGAGGCUGUUGUUAAACUAUUAAUCGACCGCGGAGCCGAUUUAGAGUCGAGGAGUAAUACGGGUCAAACGCCGUUAUCAUACGCUGCUCAGAAUGGAAAGGAGUCUAUGGUUAAGAUACUACUCUCCUGUGGGGCCAAUCCAGAGUCGAUGGAUAAUCUUGGCCUGACGCCGACGUCACACGCCAUCGAGAAGGGGCAUCAUGGUGUUGUUAAACUCUUGCAGCCUACCUAGGCAGGUCUUAUUCCUUUUAGCUAGGAGCUCUUGAAACUAGUGCCUGUCCCGAGAGACGAAGCCGCUAUCUAGCUAGAUACAGUUGAUAUCUUCAUAGCAAUGGACAAAAACGUAAUGCGCAAUCUUCGUAACGCCUACCUACCUAGGUACAUAGUCAUGCAGCGUAUUGGUCGUCUGUCUACAUCACCGGCAUCUAGGUAGCAGAUAAAUAGAUCUAUGAAAACUGUGACCGAUAGGUAUCACGGAUCAA